UAUACCAUAUUGAUGCUAACUAUCCUGACAGUGACUUUUGAUGCAGCUGACUUUAUUGAUGAUGGUGUGCUAUUUCCUGUUGGUGAUAAUAUGCUCCACACUGUCUACGAUGAUGUAUUAUUACAUUCGAUAUUCCAUGGAACAUCAAUUCUAACCUUGUUUGGCAAAGUAUUGUUAUUCUUGACCGCAAAAACACAAUAUUGUAAGCCUCCAGUUAAUGUCGCAGUUCCACAUGGAAGAGAUGAACAAUUUGUAAUUCCUAUUGCUGAAGUGGUAGCAAACAUAUUUGGAUUGAGUAGUGGUGUAACUUUGUUAACAAAUGUCCAAGUAUGCAAUAUAAAUAUUGCAGGAGAACCAGAAGAGGAUUUAAUCAUUGGUGAUGAUUCGUUAAUUGGAAUAGUAAGAAUAGCACCACAUCUAUCGUCGA